AGCACAACACCUAACAUGUAACGAUACCGGAGCAGCAUACAAGUUGCUUGACGGCGGCUACGUUUGUUCCAGUCCCUAAAAUACUGAAGAAAAGACGUUGGUCAUCUCCCCAGUGGUGAGGAGUAGGUAGAUUCACUGCGGCUUCUCAUUUGACACCAAACGGCGUUUUUUUACUGAGACUUGAGGUGAGAUGCAGCGAAAAACGCCGUUGUGGCGGCGUUUGUCGUCGGAGAGGUUUGCCCCGCAUGAUGGAUUGGAACAGGACGACUUGCUAAGUCAGGUGCAGUCCCUUUCCAGCUCUGCGUGUCUGCCGUCUCCUCCAGCCGACGGCAUCACGCUCCUCGUGAAAGGCAAACCGCUGACGUCUGUCGUCCAGGUACUGGCUGAUGUACUUCUGCAGCAGCAGGUGCAGUCGAACCGCGAUCGCGCGUCGGCAGAGGCACAGGCCAGGCAGACCGACGCUCUCAUUUCCGACUACCUCGACGCCGUGGGAAGGAUAGCGGAGGAUCUCCACCUUUCUCACCGUCCGUUUUUGCUCUCUGGAGUUCCUUUGUCUUUCAGUAGGGGAGGGCAGCAACCGAAGGGGUCACUUCGCAGAACUUCCGCAGAUACCUUAGCUGAGGCGGUGCAACGCACGCACGAACAAUUGCAGCAGCUACGUUACGUUGUGCUGAGCGCUUCCGCAGAUAGCUUGGCGAGAAAGAUAAGGGAAAAACAUCUAUCAGACUAUUUUUUUCUGUGGGCUGUCCGCGGCAUCCGUCGCGUACAAUCAAGGGAGCUUGAAGCGGCCGCAAACCGGAACCUUUUGGCCACCUACUAUGCCCGUUGGAGGCGCAGAGCGGUGAGCGAUUGGCGUCAGCUCCAGCUCCGCCGUGGGCGCCACCUACGUGCCGUACAACGCAAGUCGCGGAAAGCAAUCCUCUCCGUGUACCUACGAAAAUGGGAAGCAUUUGUCGAAGCACCGUCCACGCAGACCGCGCAACUGCGCAUCUAUCAGCGGCGCGUCGCGCAUGUCUGGAGCGUAUCGGGUCCGGUGGUCACGACGUGGCGGCGAGAGUUUUUCGAGCGUUGGAAGCGAUGGACUGCCGCUCAAAGUUCAGAGCAAGAAGCGGCGGCAGCUUUCGCCGAGCUCGAGGUGCGACAAGUGAAGAUCCCCCAACUGCACCUCCUGCAACGCUCCUUUGCGAAAUGGCAAGAGAAGACGCAGCAGCGGCAACUGUCUCGUCUUCACCAUCGCCUCUCCCGCGUGAUGGCGGCGCAGAGCAGCCAAGUGCUUCUCCGUCACCACUUCCGCCAGUGGGUCUCCUGCGCUGCGCACGCGCGACGGCUGCGUCGACUGGAGGUGCUGGCAGCGGAUCAACACAAAUGUCGUGUGACUGCCCUCGCACGGCGAUACUUCAACGAGCUUCGUUUUUUCCGCCGUGAACAACAGUAUCAGCGCAUGAUGCGCAGCGUGGAGGCCUCGCUACUCACGUUGGCGGACCGAUUAAAUGUUGUGGAGAACGCCGUUCUUGGUCAGAGUAAACAACCAUCUGUUGUUGCUAUACAGCCGAAUGAUUUGUUUGUGUCUCCCCCGCGGUCGUUGCACUCGAUUCAUGGGGAGAGGAACACACCCCGCGUGCAGUGGAGUCCUGCCAGCGAUGAGGAGCUCCGCGCACGUGUGGAGGAGCUGCUCUCGCGAUCCCGCUAA